CGUUUCCAUUGAAUGAAAACUGUCGUAAAAGAUGGCUCAAUGCAAUCGCUCGUAGUGAUUUAGUGGUUACAAAAAACACCCGAGUAUGCAAUUUGCACUUUGCUGAGGACAGCAUCACUUGGGAAUCCACCUUCCAUGACGAAAAGACAGGAGAUAUCAAGCAGAAGAAGCCGAGAUGAGAAAUUGAAGGACAAGGAACAAGAACAUCUACUUAAAGCACUGCAAAGUAGCAUUGAUGAUUAUUCCUCCUAUCAAAAAUCAACUUGUUUGCAAAAUUAUUCAGACUUUCUCACAGUUUUCUGCACUACAUCAUACAGUUUAUGGCUUAUUGAAAUUAGUAAGGUACUGUAAACCUGA